AUGCUAAUAUUAAAGAGAUUGAUAACUACUUCUUGCACUUUAUUAGACACUUCUCCUAAAAACUAUUAUAAAAUAAUAACCCCAGCAACUUUUGAGACUAAAAAAUGCGAAUCAUAUAACGAAACCCACUCGUCAACCACUACGACUGAAAUUACAACAACGGCAACAACAGUGGCAGGUACAGUUAAUGAAGACUUGACAAUAACACACAAAACUGGAAGAAAAAUUAUAUCCACUUAUAAACGGUCGACUCAUCCAACUUCGGUCCCAUUAUCGAAAAUCUUCAGUAAUAAUUUCCCCUUGAGUAUAAACGAAUCAUUUGAAGAUUACAAGCAUCGUAAUAAUCCGUUGAAAUUUCAACAUGAUUUAUUAUCAACCUUACCUUUUUAUCCUUCACUUGGCCCACAACAAGAAACGGAAGGGAGAUCGUCUGAAGUAUUAAAAAUUGAAAUCGAUGACGAAGGGAAUUAUAUUAAUGAAUUUGUCAUUUAUCCUGAAAAUUAUCAUCCACAUAUAGUACCUGAUGAGGAAUAUCAUCAUUUAAUAAUGAUUCAUGGAUAUGGAGCUGGGCUAGGAUUUUUCUUGAAAAAUUUUGAUGAUAUUUCAAAUUUCCCACCCAAUGAUACCCAAAACAACAACAACACCAAUAAAUAUAUUAUCCAUGCUAUUGAUUUAUUAGGUUAUGGAUGUAGUUCUAGACCUAAUUUUUAUCCACAAAACUUGGAUCAAGUGGAAAAUUGGUUUCAUGAUUCAUUUACAACUUGGCUCCACAAACGCAAAAUCCCUAGCGAUAGAACUAUUGUUAUGGCUCAUUCCAUGGGGGCAUAUCUUAUGGCAACAUUGGCGAUUAAUCGAAAUUUAAAAUUUUGUUCAAAAUUAUUAAUGGUAUCUCCAGGAGCUGUAAUCAAACAUCAAAAUCCAGUUCAAGUACCUCGAUAUUUUGUUAAAUUAUGGGAAAGAAAUAUUUCACCUUUUACUAUUGUUCGGAAAUUAGGUCCAUUGGGUUCCAAAAUCGUCAGCGGUUGGUCAUCAAGACGGUUUGAUAAAUUGACUAGACAAGAAAAAAAAUUACUACAUAAAUAUUCUUAUGGAAUUUUCCAAAGUAAAGGUUCUGGGGAAUAUAUGUUGAAUUAUUUGUUAGCCCCUGGAGCCGAUGCUCGGCAUCCAUUGGUUGAUCGAGGUAUAGAUAAAAUCACGUGUGAUGUUUCUUGGUGGUAUGGUAAAGAAGAUUGGAUGGAUAAAAAAGGUGGACAAAUUUGCAGUGAUAUUAUUAACAAAAAGGGGCAAUUCAAAAGUGAUGUUAAAGUAAUCGAAGAUAGUGGCCAUCAUAUUUAUCUUGAUAAUAUCAAAAGAUUCAAUUCUAUGGUACUUGAAGAAAUGAAACAUUUAAUCAACAAGUAA